GCUGCAGGUAUAGCAGACAGAGCCAUGCUGAAAGCGGGCAUGGCCAAGGCAGCGCUGCCCAAGCCAGGGCUCCAGGAGAGGGCCAAGCAACACUCCCUCGCCCCCUCUACCACCACCACAGCUACAGGCAUCAAAACCUCCAGAUCCUCCAACACCCUGGCCACAGACUUGCGCCUCAGCAGGGUGAGUGGUGCCAGACACAGUAGAUGACAGUGGCACCACUAAACACACCCAACAUCUCCUUGAUGAAUGGUGGGAGGUUGGGAGUGGGACAGGUGGGAGGGAGAUAGGGGAAGAUACCACCACUUACAUUUUUCUAAGAGCGUCUCUGUCCAUUUGGACGAUUGAAAGAAACGUUCAAUUGAAUUAGCUUACCUCUGCAUCACCUGUAGACACUGACCUCGGCAGAGUGUCACAAAGCAUACACACUCUUAGGAAAAAAGGUGCUAUCUAGAACCUAAAAGCGUUCUUCGCCUGUCCCCAUAGGAUAACCCUUUGAAGAACCCUUUUUGGUUCCAUGUAGAACCCUUUCCACAUAGGGUUAUACAUGGAACCCAAAAGGGUUCUACCUGGAACCAAAAAGGGUUGUACUGACAGCAUGACAAGAAUGCAGUGACAACAUGAUUUUUUGCCUAAGAGUGCUUUUACAAUUUAAUAGUAGUAGAUUGUGGAUGUUUUCCAAUUGGUAAGGUAAUCUGUGGUUUCGUAAGUCCUGACUGAGUGUGUAUGUAUGUGUGUAUUGUUGUAGCUGAAGAGGGCCAGUAGUGAUGACACCCUGGCCAAGCCUGCCCUGGGUGCAGCAGCCACAGGCUCCCGCAUGAAGAAGACUGUCACU